AUGGCGUUGACAUUCAACCCUGGCAACAUCGUUGCUCGUGACAUUGAUCCUACCCAUGUGCACCCUGAGAUCCUAAAGAUUGUGACAGAGAUCUUGGACCUUCGCCUCAACACAUUCGAGUCCACCAUAGCUGUCUCUGCAAGAGAUUACUUUGCUUUUGGCGAGGAGGGUCGGCUCUUCAUGGCAUUGCAGAUGGGGCGCAUAUUGGGCCAGCCUGUCAUGUGGGUCAAGGACGGAAUGCAUUCUAGCGUUGAUAGAUGGGUUCUUGGGCCUUGUGAGAGGUUCAUUGCCGGUCCACACAUGAUUGUCUCCGUCAACGGUAUUGCUGUCGUCGUCCCUCGACCACCACCACAACUCCUCGAGGAAGCACCCGGUGCAACCACCCAGUUCGUCAACGCUCCUGAACGAAGAGUCAAGAUCACACGACCUCCCAACGCCUUCAUCCUCUACCGCAGCGACUACCAAGCCCAAAUCAAACAGAUGAACCCUCAACUCCAGAACAAUGAUAUCUCCGGAAUCCUAGGAAAAGCUUGGAAUAAUGAGUCUCAUGAAGUCCGCGAAAGAUACAAGGCUCUCGCGAAAGCCUACAAGGAGCGCCACAACAAGAUGCACCCUGACUAUCGGUACACGCCACGCAAGCCUUCCGAGAAGCGUCGUCGCAACCGGAGGAGCACUUCAGCCUAA